GCGCGGUAGCCGUAUCUUAUUCUAUUUAGUGUAUCAUUUACUCAGAAAAAGUAAUUAUAUCUUUAAAAAUCGUUGCAUCACUACCCGAUCGAGCUUCUAUACCGUUGAAUUGGAUUGCGCGUUGAAAAUAACGCUACGAGCGAUGGAGAUUCAUUCGCAUCCGAGCAACGACGUUAGUCGUCAAGUAGUGAGUGGACGCGCGAGCGACGACCCAUAAAAGGGGGACCGCGAGAGUGGCGGGCGCACAGUCGCGCACCGUCUAUCCGUUGGUACGGAACGCGCGGCCAACGUAUCCCCAUUCUAUUCGGUAUAUCGGGCUAUCAUUUAGCCCCAUCAGAAGCAACAGUUAUGUUAUCGAAAAUCAUCGCAUUGCUAGCCGCCAAUCUGCUGCGCUACUGAAACUUCAUCGUGCGUACGUAUGGUGUAUGGCUUACCCUAUGGCAUGGCAUCGCAGAACGUCGCACUGUGCGUCCUUAUCGCCGUCUUUCUCCACGUCAGUCUCGGUCAAACACCGCCUAAAUCUGAGGUCCUGCCCGAAUUUCUGGCGCUCCUGGAAAAUCACACGGUCACUCAAGGUCGCGACGUCUUCUUCACCUGCGUCGUUAAUCAUCUUCAGUCUUAUAAGGUCGCCUGGAUAAAGUCGGAUUCGCGUGCGAUUUUGGCCAUUCACACGCAUAUGGUAGCGCAAAAUCCACGCUUGUCCGUCACUCACAACGGCCAUAACACAUGGAAGCUGCACGUGACUAACGUUCAGCCGAACGACUCCGGCACGUACAUGUGUCAAGUUAAUACGGAUCCCAUGAGGAGCCAGACCGGCCACAUGAAAGUGGUGAUACCACCCGAUAUCAUGGAUCUGGACGACACAGCGGAUUCCCUGACCGCCGAGGAGAAUGGCGAUUUGCGACUGCGGUGUCGAGCGACCGGCAACCCGAAACCUGUAGUGAUCUGGCGCCGAGAGGACGGUCGGAACAUCACCCUGAGGAAUGAGCAUCAAGGAAUAAAACGAAUGCCAACAUACGAGGGUGAGCAGCUUCAUUUGAGGGGCAUUCAACGGCAAGAGAUGGGUUCUUAUCUCUGUAUCGCGUCAAACGGAGUGCCGCCGACGGUCAGCAAGAGAUAUUACGUCAAUGUUCGUUUCAAACCGCUGAUUAAAGUCACAAACCAGUUAGUGGCGGCGCCCGUCGACAGCGAUGUUCUUCUUCAGUGUUACGUGGAGUCCUCGCCGAAGGCUCUGAACACAUGGUACAGAAAUAACGGUACAGAUAAAAUAUCAACAGAAUUACAUUUGAAGACAUUCACUUUAGGAGUCAAAUUAUUGAAGGAUGAGAAACAUGACAUAUCAGAAGUAAUCAUCAACGAUUAUGCAUAUCAGCUAAAUCUCACUAUCAGGCGACUAGAUAAAUCUGAUUUCGGCACUUAUACUUGCUCUGCUGAAAAUGCUUAUGACAUAACAGCAGCGUCUAUAAGACUGCAAGAGUUGCAGAUACCCAAACCAACAAUAACUUCCCCGUGCAAUACCGAAGUCAUCGGGAAACACGCCUGGCGGAAGCCGACAGAGAAGAAGAAGUACGAAUCUGACCUGACCCCGAAGAACGUGGGCCAUACCACGCCGAUAUCUAGGAGAAACUCGUCGAGCUCUUUGCCGAAUAUCGUGAACAAGUCGAGAAAUUCCGUGUUUCCGGCACCAGCACCAGCACCGGCACCGGCGCAUUCGGCACCGACGCAACUGGACGCUCAAAAUGGUGUUAGGUCAUCACGCGAUUUGCAAUUACGUCAUAUUGGUCUUGCUGUGGUCGUCCUGAUCAUUUUCAAUUGUGACUAAGAUAAAACUGAAAUCUAUCGCAACAGUGAAAUCAUUAAAUUACAACGAAAUCGAUUGUUCAUCGUGAUUUCGAUCGCUGGAUGAUAUAUAGAAUGAAAUUACAUUGAAUUGACAGUGAAAUAAUUUUUUUGUUAAAUUUACAUUCAAUUUACAAAACGUGUCAUAGGAAAGAACAUGAGAGAAACACGAGAUAUACAUCGAGAAUUUUAUUGUAAAUAAUAAA